AGCCUCUCUCCUUCUCUCUCUCUCUCUCUCUCUCCCUCGAGCUCCCGGCUGCCUGCGGCUCCCUCGCUCUCCCUCUCUCUCCGGUAGGCUCCACCGAGCGAUGCGAGCUCUGGGAGACAGCGACGCCGCCUCCCGCUAGAGACCUGCCCCCCGACCCGGCCCCCUGCCCAACCCUGCCCUGCGCGCAGGGGUCGGCGAAGGCGCCGCGGACGCACCGACGGCUGAGGACCCGCGAUGCACAUGCACUAGCAGCACCCCCUCUCUCACUCCCUCCACACCCCGCGCCGCCGCCUCCUCCUCCUCUGGCAGCAGCGGCAGAAGGACCCACCCUGCCCCCCACCCCACCCUCCGCCGGCUCCGGCUGCGGCUCUUGCCUCAACUAUUAUUUUAUUUAUUUUGGGUCGUGCACAAGCCUCAGUGCCUGCAGCCCGCGCCUCCUCGGACCGCGGGCGCCUCUUCCCUCGGCCCCGGAGCCCCAGACCCCGGCCACCUUCGCCUCGACACCCCUAGAACCCGCCAGCUACCGCAAGUCUCCGCUGCUGGAAUCUUAGCGGCUGUCUUUUUGGGGGGUUCUGGUUUCCCGACAUUUUUGUUUUCAACCAAGGGAAGGAUAUCGUGGUUUUUUCCCCUUUGAGCCCAGGCUCUGCUCUCUGGGGGGGUGGGGGGCGCGCCGAGCCGGGGAGCCGUGCCAGCCGAGUCGUGCGGGCUGUGGCAGGGAAGGGGCCACCAUGGGAUGUACUCUGAGCGCAGAGGAGAGAGCCGCCCUCGAGCGGAGCAAGGCGAUUGAGAAAAACCUCAAAGAGGAUGGCAUCAGCGCCGCCAAAGACGUGAAAUUACUCCUGCUGGGGGCUGGAGAAUCAGGAAAAAGCACCAUUGUGAAGCAGAUGAAGAUCAUCCACGAAGAUGGCUUCUCUGGAGAAGACGUGAAACAGUACAAGCCUGUUGUCUACAGCAACACCAUCCAGUCCCUGGCAGCCAUCGUCCGGGCCAUGGAUACUUUGGGCAUCGAAUAUGGUGACAAAGAGAGAAAGGCCGACGCCAAGAUGGUGUGUGAUGUGGUGAGUCGGAUGGAAGACACCGAGCCCUUCUCCGCAGAACUGCUCUCUGCCAUGAUGCGGCUCUGGGGUGACUCAGGAAUCCAGGAAUGCUUCAACAGGUCUCGGGAGUAUCAGCUCAACGAUUCCGCCAAAUACUACCUGGACAGCCUGGAUCGGAUCGGGGCCGCCGACUACCAGCCCACCGAGCAGGAUAUCCUCCGAACCAGGGUCAAAACCACUGGCAUCGUGGAAACCCACUUCACAUUCAAGAACCUCCACUUCAGGCUGUUCGACGUCGGGGGCCAGCGAUCUGAACGCAAGAAGUGGAUCCACUGCUUCGAGGACGUCACAGCCAUUAUCUUCUGUGUCGCGCUCAGCGGCUAUGACCAGGUGCUCCAUGAAGACGAGACCACGAACCGCAUGCACGAGUCUCUCAUGCUCUUCGACUCCAUCUGUAACAACAAGUUCUUCAUCGAUACCUCCAUCAUUCUCUUCCUCAACAAGAAAGAUCUCUUUGGUGAGAAGAUCAAGAAGUCACCUUUGACCAUCUGCUUUCCUGAAUACACAGGCCCCAACACCUAUGAGGACGCGGCCGCCUACAUCCAAGCACAAUUUGAAAGCAAAAACCGCUCACCCAACAAAGAAAUUUAUUGUCACAUGACUUGUGCCACAGACACGAAUAAUAUCCAGGUGGUAUUCGACGCUGUCACCGACAUCAUCAUUGCCAACAACCUCCGGGGCUGCGGCUUGUACUGACCUCUUGUCCUGUAUAGCAACCUAUUUGACUGCUUCACGGACUCUUUGCUGUUGACGUUGAUCUCCUGGUAGCAUGACCUUUUGGCCUUUGUAAGACACAGCCUUUCUGUAUCAAGCCCCUGUCCAACCUACGACCCCAGAGUGACUGACGGCUGUGUAUUUCUGUAGAAUGCUGUAGAAUCUGGUUUUAGUUGAGUCUUUACAUUUAGAAUUUGAAAGGAAAAAAGAAAAGAACAUUUCUCAUGUGCUUUGUAGCUUAAAAAAAAAAAAGGAAAAAGGAAAACUCACCAUUUCAUCCAUAUUUGUCUUUUUUUUCUUUUCUUUUCUUUUCUUUUUUUGGAAACAAAGCAGCAUACACAUCUGCACCCGCACCGCGCCCCCCCUACCCCUGCCUGCCACCUCUAUCCCCAGCAUAGAGGGGCCCCCAGUGCACCCGCAGAGCCACCCCUCCUGGGGGCUUGGGUCCCAGGGGAGCGUGUUCAGGUGGCGCUUCCCAGGGUGCCCCCCACCCCCACGCCCUGCCCACCACCUGCUCCCUCCAGGUUUGCAUAGGAAAAGCACAGCUCUGACUGGCCAGUAGCUGCCAAAGAGUACCGAACAAACAUAUAUAAAUAGAGCCCUUACAGACAACAAUUUUCCCACAACCUCCUUUCUACAGAUUCCCUUUAUGAUUUUUCGUUAUCGUUUCCAUUUUUGUUUUUAUUUGUGUCCCAAAGAGCACGAUGUAUCACAUACCGGCUCAGCUCUCAUAGUCUGGGAAAUGGGGUUGUGGAUUUUUUUUUUCCUCUGACACUUUUGCUUCUCAGUCUCUCAGAGGGAUGCUCCCUUUGUGUGCGUGCCCCUCUCCGCCUUUUCCUUUGUUCCAGUGACCUGUGUCCGCUCCUUCUCAUGUGGGGAUGUUUGUGCUGCAGAUAAAAAGAACAAAAACAACAAAAAAAAAAUUUUUAAAUACCAUGAGAUGGAAAAAACAAAAAAAAAUUUUAAAAACAGGUGGAAUGUAGUGUUUACACGAAAGCCAGUUUUCAUGAUCAGUCCUAUGUCAUUUCUACUUUGACUAGUAUCCAAACCCCAAACCUCUUCACGGUGUCACUUUUAAGACUUACUAUUUGCUGAAGAAGACCAGUCACGGCCAUUUCAGAUAAAGAGGAGGUGAAAAGACAAAACACACAAAAAAAUCAAAAAUAUGGAAAAAAAAAAAAACUUGAAAAAAAAGGAAAAAAGAAAAAAAAAAAAAGCCCACGGGUCUUUCUAAGCCUUUCUAUUCCCAAUCGGUGAGGUUUCUGUGAUAUCUUACACACUGCCAGUCUACUUCUCUGACUAAUGGAAAAUUCAUGUGUAGCUCAAUAAAGAGAAUGUUUGUCUGUAUUCUGAGUCUCUCACCCUCGGGCUUCAUUCUGACAGGAGGGGAAGGAAGGGUUUGACUGGGCCACAGACACUGGGGAGGCUGGUGGGUAGGGCUGUAGGUACCAGAUAAGGACCUUCUCCCCACCCCCACCACCCCUCCCUCCCCCCACCAAAACCCAGACCUUCUCCAUAUCCACCUCCCCACUCAGUGUGGCCGCCAAGGGGAGCCAGCUGAGCACAGCCACCUGGGAGCAAGGAGGGCCCAGCGAUCGGCCAUGCCCACCUGUGGAUGCCCUCUUCCUCCUGGCCCCGGCUCCUCCUCACCUAGUUGGUUCGGGAGGAGGGUGGAAUUGAGGGCUGAAAUGGGAAAUAAAUGGUGGGGGAAAUAAAUGGAAUGGCAGGUAAUCCCAAACCUCCCGCUAAGACAGGAACUUGUUUCUUCUGAACCAGUGGUUCUGCAACAGGGGGGGAUGGGUGGUCCUAAGAAUGAGGCCAAGUUGCCUGGCUCUUCUGCACCCAAGGGGCCACACCCAUCCACUCGGACAUCUUUAAAAAUCUCCCCUCCUGUGCCCGGAUACGGGGCACCCACCACAGGCGAAUCUCACGGGGCGCCUGAGGUCUGCACAGCCUGGCACCGGGAGCCUGAUUCUCCUCUCCUCCAGGCUGCAGGCCCCACCACCUCUCCCCUAAGCUUACCAGGUUUUUGCUGGAAUAACCAGCCAAGUGCUCGAGGCUGGGACCUAGAGGGGACACAGCCCAGCAGAGUCCCUGUGUGGUGUCCACACAAGGAUCGCUUGUCAGCCAAGCAGUCGGUGGUGCUACAGCCAUCCAGGGAGACGGGAGGGCCAGGAAGAGGUCAGCUCGUCGGACUCCUCUCCACGCACCAGCAAAUGGCAGUUGCCAGCCAGGGAGGCGCUCUUGCUGGCACCCCAAAGGGGGUUUCAGAUUUAGUGGGGGUGGCAGGACAGGCCUGUUGCAGACAGCCUGGACUCACAAGAGGCUGUGUGCAAGAACUGAUCGGGCACCCUAGGCCUUCCUCCGCCGGGGCCGAGCCUCCCUUCCAGUGCUUUUUCCACCCGCAACCCUCACCCCCGACCUAUCCGCAGGGGGCUGCCCACCACCAUCUUCCGUCACGGCAAGGUUGCCAUCAUGGCCGCAAACCUGACAGGACACGGGUCAAGGGGGCAAACCAGGACAGAGACGGAAGUCAAAGGACACCAGGACUUUCUCUACCUGAAUUUCCCCUAAAAACGGGCCAUCUUCUAGUGUUCUUUCCUAACUUUCGAGUGAGUUUUGUAGGUAAAACCAACAGGUAUCUUUGCCUUAUCUCCCUUAAAACGGAAGUCAGGAAGCAUUCGGGGGCAAAGAGUGCAGGGAAAGACCAAUUCAAUUAGAACAAGGAACAUGGAGGCAGAACUCCUGCAUCACGGCUUCUAGAAGCUCCAAGAGUGUUUCUAAUGCGCAGUCGGGGUGGAACCACUUCUAACCUAACAGGAGCAGGGGCGAUGAGAUGAGAGACAGAGGCUUCCAGGUGAUGAAGGGCCUUCCACGCAGGCCGGCGGUUACUCCUGGACAAGCUCGGCAGCAGGGCCUGGCUCCCCACUUCAGCGCUCGGCUUGCUUUCCACCCCCGAGGGGACAUCUGCUGGCUGAAGAUAAGAGAGCACACAUUGUCUAUACCGCUCCGGUGGGAGGGAAAUUAGGUCCAAGCAGCCACCUGGACACCUCGGAUUUAUAGCCACACAAGACAUUCACAAGGACCACUGUUCUGUGGUUUGGAUGAGCCUCCAACUUCAGGAGCAGGGGGCUACUGAGGAGAAGCUAAGAUGUCAACAAAACAAGGCCCGCAGGACAAUGGAGGGAGCAACACAGACCACUUGCAGAAGAGCCCAGAGAGGGCAGAAGAGGGCAGAGGGCAAGGGCAACCCAACCAGCGCUCACCACACCGCCCGGUCAGGCGCCUUGUUCUCAGCCGACAGGCCUGAACCAGCAGCCUGCCCUCAGCUCCAAACGAGGGUGGCUGAGCACAGGGCAGGCGCCCUGAGCCUGGGGACAGCCAGGACACGGAAGUUAUAAUGGGCUGGGGACGGGACCCCACCCAAUGUAACAAGACCCUGGCCUGGCCUCCCGCCACCGCCCUUAGCAUCUGUCCCAGAUGCCCCCAAGAAGCGACAAAAACCGAGAGACUGUAUGGGGCCCAGGAUCCUUUGCUGUCCAAUUGCAAAACCUAUGGGUGAAUUUAGGACUGCUCUUCUUGGGUCAUUUUAAGCUAUGGAAGGCAGGUCUCCACCUUGAUCACGGUCAUGUUGCUAUAUUCCAAGGUCCUAGGACCCUCUACCGCGUCUCAACCAUUCUCUCCUUCCACACGUCUCCAACUAAGAACACGUGGAAUUAGGGUCAUCAUUAAUGUGUGCCACCUGCAAGGUGUAAGGAUGGGAAAAACUCUCCAAAAUCGGUACACAGAGAAUCAAAGUGGGGUCUAACUUUGACACCUCUGAUGAAAACUGCCUUAGCGUCCAGCCACACACAGCACACUAGAAGAGUUUGUUUUUUAUUAUUAUUAUUGUUGUACAAUAAAAACAAAUAGCUAUGCUCUCAGCAAAACAAAACCAUUUUUUUUAAAAAUCACAGAAAUUUACUAACAGCAUUUCAAGGUAAGGCUUUUGAAAGAUUUAUUCAAAUAAAUUAUCUCGGCCUAAACAUUUACCCAUUGUUCUCUUCAAUUACGUUUCAACAUUCCGAAAACGUUCAGUUAUGUAAAAUACAUUUAACUUAGCCAAUCAUUUUAGAUAAUACUGGAUUCUUCCCCGAAGGACUACCAUAAAACUAUGCUUUCAAACAUU